GGUGGGUGGGGCUGCGCUCUGGUGACGCACUCUUGCCGCUCUGGUACCAGUCGGCAUGGAUGUGUCCGAGGAGUUGCGGGCGGCGGAGGGAGAUGGGGCCAGGGUUGCCGCCGAGAGGGAGCAGCAAUGUGUUGAGUUUGCCGGCAUCGCGGGCUGUGACCGGGCAGUGGCGCAGUGUUUCCUGGCAGAGAAUGACUGGGACAUGGAAAGAGCAAUAAAUUCAUACUUUGAACCAGGGGUUGAUCUGCAGUCUCAAGACAGAACCAGUGCUGAACUCGGUGACCCUUCUGUUAAACCGAGUAUGCCUGUAACAUCUGAAUCCUGUAUUGAUCUGACUAAUGAUGAAUCGUUGGUUAACAUCACGUCAUCUGGUCAGACUCCAGAGACCCAGAGUCUAGAAGACGAGGGACAUAUCUCUUUUUUGACUUGGAAUAUAGAUGGACUUGAUGAAUCAAAUCUUCAAGAAAGAGCUCGCAGUGUGUGCUCUUACCUUGCCCUGUACAGCCCAGAUAUAGUCCUUUUGCAAGAGGUUAUUCCACCGUACUAUGCAUACCUGAAAAAACGGGCUGUUAGCUACACAAUCAUUGCAGGCAACGAUGAAGGCUAUUUUACAGCAAUUAUGCUGAAAAACUCCAGGGUGAAACUAAUAAGUCAAGAAAUUGUUCCAUACCCAAACACCACCAUGAUGAGAAACCUGCUCAUUGCCAAUGUUAACGUAUCUGGGAAUCAUAUUUGCCUUAUGACCUCUCACCUGGAAAGCACCAAAGACCAUUCAAAGGAACGUCUGGCUCAGCUGAAUGUUUUGUUAAAGAAAAUGCAGGAGGCUCCACUAUCAGCCACUGUUAUCUAUGGUGGUGAUACAAACUUAAGAGAUUCAGAAGUUCAGAAGAUUGGAGGUCUUCCAAGCAACAUCUUGGAUGUGUGGGAGUUCCUUGGUAAACCAGAACACUGUCGGUACACAUGGGACACUAAAGUAAACAACAAUCUGCGUGCCCCAUAUACCUGUCGGCUUCGUUUUGACCGGAUACUGUACCGAGCCUCUGGUGAUGGAAGUCAAGUAAUUCCAAAUUCCCUAGACCUUGUUGGUGUUGAGAAAUUGGACUGUGGCAGAUAUCCUAGUGAUCACUGGGGCCUGCUGUGUGAUUUUGAUGUGGUAUUAUGAAAUAUUGUAUAAACAUUUUAAAUAUGUAAAUGGUAGUUUUUAAUAAAGCUUUGUAAA